AGCCAACACAUCCGGAGGUGUUGGUGGUGAGGCUGACGUAGUGUUUGUGUCAUCUGGGGGAGUUAUUGGCUGCAUAUUGCUAAUGCUGCGUAACUCAUCUAUCAACAUCAUUUCGCAUGCCAGCUGUUAGGUAUUGCUGAUCACACUUGCUUGUUAAGAGGAGGAUCACGUUGCCGUACGUGGCAUUUUAAGGUGAAAAAAUGUCUGAACGUAAAGUCCUUAACAAAUACUAUCCUCCAGACUUUGACCCAUCUAAAAUUCCUAGGGCAAGAUGUCCAAGGAAUCGCCAGUUUACUGUGAGGUUGAUGGUUCCCUGCAAUAUCAAAUGUUAUACAUGUGGGGAAUAUAUUGCCAAAGGAAAGAAAUUUAAUGCCAGGAAAGAGGAUGUAGAAAACAUGACUUAUCUCGGUGUUCGAAUCUAUCGUUUCUACAUAAAGUGCCCAGGAUGUCUUGCUGAAAUAUCUUUUAGGACAGAUCCAGAGAGCACAGAUUAUGUCAUUGAGGCUGGUGCUCAUCGCAAUUUCCAAGCAUUAAAGUUGGCAGAGGAACAAGCAGCGAGAGAGGAGCGUGAAGCGAGGGAGGAGAUCGAGUCCAACCCAAUGUUGCUGUUAGAAAACCGAACUCAACAAUCCCAGUACGAGAUGGAAGUAUUGGAGUCGCUUGAAGAUCUACGUGAAAUGAAUGAUCGGCAUGCAGGUAUUGAUCUUGGAAAAAUUGCAGAGAAGUUCGAAACUGAACGAAAGAUGACACAGGAACAAGUGGAGGAAGCAGAAAGAUUAGCAGCAUUACAAGCACUUGGUUAUGAAAUGAUAGAAGGACAAAUGGUAAAAAGAGUUGCUCCUGAAGAAUUAGAGGAAGAAAAACCACUAAAGAAGAAAAUCAAAAUAGAAAAGGAUACCAAAGUUACCGAUGUCCUUACAAGUUCUUCGCUGAGUGUUGGAGAUAAAUUUAAAAAGGGUAACAUGAAAUCUAGGCUGGCAGGCAUGAUUAAAAUUAAAGAUUCACAAACAAAAAGGGAUAAAAGCACAAAUGAACCUAAAGGACCCAAAUCAACUAAAUUAACAGAUGUACCGUUACCGAACACAUCAAAGCCGGUAGUUCCUUUAUCAUCAUCAGAUAAAAGUGUUGAUAAAGUUUCAUCUAGUACAUCUGUGGUAAAAGAUGAGGUACAGAAUGUUGUAUCAAAAGGUCCUAGUGGGUUGUCAUUCCUAGGGGCAUAUUCUGAUUCAGAGUCUGAUGAGAGUAACUGAGUAUCUUUCUCCAGCUGUUACUAUUUUGUUCUUGUUGAAAUA